GGCGCUGCGUUAUGACGUCACACAAAAGCGCUGUGAAAGAGAUCGGGAUGAUCUGUUUAUUUUCACUAUGUCCAUAUUUGUUGACUUGCUGUGACUUUUAAUCGACCAAAGAGAUUGGGGACCAGUGCAAUGUGGAUACUGACACCCCUGCAGCCCGGAGGUGAGACCCACUACCUCGUCUCUGGCAAAGAGUAUGUGGUGGGACGCAAGAAUUGUGACAUCCUUCUUCACAAUGAUCAGUCCAUCAGCAGGACGCACGCUCAUCUCACUGCAACUGACCUGACCCUGACCGUAAAGGACAGCUCAAAGUAUGGGACAUUUGUUAACAACCAGCCUCUAACAGCACCUGUGAACCUGAAGUCAGGAGACAAUUUGACGUUUGGGGUCUUUCACAGCAAAUUUAGCGUGCUUCAUCUGAAGCCUGUUGUGUGCUCGUCAUGUUUGGACAACUCUGGGAAGGCGGCGCUGUCUCAGAACCUGGCUGCUUUGGGUGGGAAGCUGGUCAACACCUGGACUCAGGACUGCACACAUCUGGCCAUGCCCACUGUCAAAGUCACUGUGAAGACCAUUUCUGCUCUGCUAUGUUGUUGUCCCAUCGUUAAGCCGGAGUUCUUCUCAGAGCUCAACAAUGCCUUUAUUCAGAAAAAACCUCCUCCCAAAGCUGAAAGUUUUUUACCUGAAAUUGACGAGCCCAGCUUGAAGAAAGAGGAGGUUAAUCUUGGAGUGAUCCCCCUUCGCAAACAGCUGUUCUGUGGGAAGACCUUCGUUUUCCUCAGUGCCAAACAGCUGAAGCGCCUGAGUACAGCAGUGAUUUUUGGAGGUGGCACGAGCCAGCUGCUGGAGGAGGGCUUCCUGCCCCGUGCCCUGCUGGAGUCUCCACACAGCUGUGUGGUCGAUGUCACAACAGGCAGCUCCCAAACUCUGCUUCCUCCCUCCUCCUCAGAGUGGGCAAACUCAGUAAAGAACAUCCUGGAAAGGAAAGGCCUCCGAGUCAUCACAGAGUCUGAAAUUGGCUUGGCCGCCAUCUAUGCGUCCUGUAAUAAGUACUGCAAUCCAUCCUGUCAGAUCACAGACUCAGACUCGACAGCAGAAGGGGAACCCAGAAUCCCCGGGGCUUCUCUGUCACAGAGUGUGACUGUGGAUGAGACUGUGUUACCUGCAGUGUCGCAGAACAUCACAGCCUUCGCAGCCAACACAGAGACAUCACAAAGGUGCAGAUUAACACUCGCCGGCUAUGUGGCAGAGGCAUGUGAGAUCACUGGAGUGGUAGAAGUGGGAGAGACUCCAGAGAAAAAGCAAAACCCGAACAGCAGUCAGCCCCACGGAUCCAGACUCACAGCUCAGACGAAAACCUCUCAGGUCAUUGUGGCCGAUACAAUGAGCCCAUCAUUUGGCCCAGGAAACAGCAAAGACUCCCAGAGGAGGAAUAAUGAGUCCAAACUUACAGUUUCAGGUGGAGAUGGUGCUUACAGUAAACUUAAGCCACCUGCCCCAAAGACCAACGGUGGGUCGAAGGCAUUCUUCUAUCAAAAGUCUCCUCAGAAACCAAAGACCUCUGCACAAGCUUCCCCACAGAAACAAUCAACUUUGACCAAUUUCUUUUCCUCAGUCAGCAAGAAAAGGCCUUUGGAGGACGAGCCCUCAGCUGCCACAUCGGAGCCAAAGCGGCCUGUACCAGACUCAUCAGUCAUGGUGCAGGCACCGAACACCCUAUCCAUGCCCAAAAACAUCCCCCCGCUGUCUGUCAGUGGCCCCUCAGCUGUCUCCCUGACUGCCCCUGAAUCACCUGCUGAUUUACUGGUUGGACAGUCAGAGGGUCUCACAAAGGAACCGCGGAGCAGAAAAAGGAAGGAGAUGGAAGAGCAGCUUCAGCUGGAGGAGCUGGAGUCCAUUAUGUCGGAGGAUAUGGACUGUUUUGAAGACAGCCUCCAAAGUAAUCAAGGUCAAGAGCAGCAGCUAAUGGCGCCCAGUCUGGCAAAGCAGAAACACGCUGCGAAAGCUUCCUCGACAUGCAAAAGGCAGCGGGUCGACGAAGAAUCUAAAGGAAUAAGCAUUAACAGCCCCCAGCCACAGCUGAAAAAAGCAUCAAGUGUCCUUAAGAGCCUCAAGGAACCAUCUUAUCCGCUGACUGUCUCCAUCAAAACGGAGAAGCCUGAUCCUACAGACUUCAGGCCAACUAAUUCUGAGUCCAGGAACCCUCCCAAAGAGUCUUCUCCCAGGCCAAGUGAAACCAUGAAACACUCUGAAGAAGAUGACGUUUCUUUCAUUGAGGAUGAAGAACUGCUUACAAUAGAUAUGAGCCCACCGAGACAUGAGAAGAAGCCUCCGAUUAAACCUGUGGUGGUCAAACAGGAGGUUCAGGAGUCGAAGAUCGAUGAAGGUCUUCCUCAGAAGUUGGUGUUGGUGGAGUUUAGAUCUCUCACGGUUUCAGCUCCUCCGAAGACCACACCAAAACAGAUGCCGGAGAACGGAAAAGCCAAGAACUUCAAAUGUUUCCGCAAGAAGCGCAUUCAGGGAGCAGACGGUUUCCCGAACAUCAUCGGAGGAUCAGAUCUGUUGAUUCACAACAGGGGCAGGAACUCUGACCUGGAUGAAUGGCUGAAAGACGCAGCGGAGGAGGAGCGUCAGAACCGGCGGGAUGAGUCAGUAGGGGACGACCUGUUUAGGUACAACCCCACCAAACUAUCCAGGAGAAGAUAAAUUACUUCAUCUUUUCGUCUUCCAGAGGGAAUUCGUUUCACAGCAAACCUGUCAAAUCCUGUUUGAAAGGAUUCCAGAAAAUAGCGAAAAUCAUUAUUCUGAUUUCAGUUUUUUCUUUCUAAUCUGUGAUGCCUGAUUUCAGUGUUCUUCCUGUUCUCUAUGUAACAUCUUCGGUUCUCUCUAAUGAAGUCACUGACAGCUAGAAAUGUAACGUAACCGCCUUGUCUUUAGAGAUUUUUCACAAAGAUUUUAUUUGUCGUUAAUAAAAAAUAUACCAUACAAAACAUUUAAAAACUGUUCAGGUGUACAAGAGCAUGCUGAAAGCAACCAUUCUUUCAUUUUGAGGUUACCAUCUUUUUUUUUUUUUUUUUCCAGCAGAAUUGAUGGACUUAAGAAGGGUUCAAGUGUCACUAUUUCCUCAGCAAUUUCUUCCAGCCAACAGUCCAGGCACUUUUCCAGAUCUGAAACAGCUCAGACAAAUAGUCAUCAUGCCGAAUACGUCUUGUCCUUUCUGUGCAGAGUUCAGGCUCACCUUCCCAUUCAAAUCCACAGAAGACGCCAUUUUCAAGUGUAAAGUUAAUUCAGCAGGGAAUUGUACAAUUUAAGCAAAGUUAGCCCUUUUCAUGGGCUGUAGAAUGACCAAGCAAGUUAGGAGUUUGGCUUUGAACCCCUUUCUUUUCUUUUCUUCUCAGUUUAUUACGUAGCUACCUGCUGUUUGAGUUUCCAUCUGAAAUCCAUAUGCAUUCCUGUUCAAAUGUCGAGGACAAAAACAUGCUUCUGAAGCAGCAGUUCUUAUUUCCACAGCUUAUGUUUUAAUCUUUCAGAUAAGGGGGAAAGUAAAAGGUUCUCCACUUCUGAGUCGACCUGUCAUGUGUGGUCAGAUCCUAGUUUGAACUGGCAGCCAAUGACUUAUGCCUGCAUGCAUAUAUAUAAUAUUCCUAUCAAAAACUAUAUUCAGAAAUAGAAAUGAAAAGCAUUAAGUUAUAUAAUAUAAUAUAAUUCAGCUUAAAUUCAAUAGUUGGCACGGGAAACAUUUUCACUUGUCAAAAUCAUUACCAAAACUUAAACAGCAAUGAGUUAAAGGUUUUGUUAGUGUAAAAAGUCAAAUGACUACACGACUUAUUGAAUAAUACCUCAUCAUUAAAAAAGGAAUAAUAAAAAUAAUCAAAAACAAAGUCACAUCAGUGUAAACAAAGCAGAAGCUGUGCGUGAGCGGCUGUCAAAGUAUUUGACAUUAAUAUGGCAAACUAAAAGGUAAAGAAAGGAUGGUAGAAUCAUCUCCCAUCUAAUUUCUAAGCUGUUUUUGUCACUUAACACACACACAGUCAUGGCUGCCUACUGUUGUUUUAAGCAUGGCAGAUUAUAGCGGUGUACAAGUGUACGGCGGGCAAAUAAGACACAAAAGGUCUCUGCACGUCAGCAUGACUUGCAAAAUCCCCCAUGAACGUCUGUCCUUUUUUUCCCGUCUCAGAAACAAAAACAAAGUUGAAUAACAUGGUAAAAAUCCAUUAUCACAACAGGUCCGGGUCGUCAAAUAUGAAACAAAUUUAAUGUUAUUUCUGGGCUUAUUUAAAGUGACUUUAUGUCUUAAAGAGUUUAUUUUAAUUGAAAGCUUUUCUUAUGUUCUCUUUAUAUCUAUGAGGUUUACAUUUACAAUGGAUGUUUCCCCAAAUAUCAGGAUUUACAAACUUCUUUGUGUGUAAUUUUUUUUAGAAAAAUUUAAAAGAAUUUAAACUCAUAGAUGUGUCAUGUUUUAAUCAUUUUUUGCAGUGACUUCACCCACACUGGACACUGCACGCUUUCAUUUAGUCUGAAUUAACAUGGGACAAAAGUUUAAUAAGCCUCUUUGUGUUGAAUGCUUUCAGUCUCACAGUGUAAAUUUUGCCUUAAAUAUUAUGAUUUUUUUCUUUUAAAUCAGAUUAUUGAGUUUGCUUGUAAAGUGAACUUGUGGAAAUGUUGCUCAUCUGUAGAUUUUUACAUCCCAUGAGAUGACAUACAUUGAAAUCACAGAGUGCCCCUUGAUGUCCACAUGUUUUUUCAGGAUGCUAAAGUCCAUACAGAAAAUUAGACGUUAGAUUUGGAAAUAUACAUUCAAAUCUGAAAGGCAAAAUCCCUAAAACAAUGGGCCAAAUUUACCAGACCAUGGCUCCUUCCACCAACAGCAACAACUGCUUUUGAGAAGUCGGAACACGAGUUGGGUUCAAUAAUCAGAAACACCUCUUAAACCGUGAACUUUUGGAGUCUUUUGGGUUUCUGUGUGUGCAAUAUCACUAAAAUGCCUUUUUUCAAUUAAAUAGUUCAAUUUUUACAUUGCUGUUGCAAUGUGAAACUUGCAUGAUUGCACAGAAAUGUAGUGGUGGCCUUUAUUUUUUUUAGGUUGGCCCCUCUGCGACUUAGUGCUUCAAGCAGAUGGAUAGAAGACACGUGGUGAAUGAAUGAAUACCCCUGAUCAAAAUAAGGUCCCGCUCUGUUACGAGGUUACAGAUUGACCAUAAAAACAUUGGCACAUGGAAGCUUGGACAUAAAGAGACUUCAAACGAAGUCAGACAUUAUUCGUAAAAGCUGUCUCUUGUUUCUUUAGAAACCGAUAAGUUUACAUCCAUUGUCUUUUUGGUCUCCCAAUACCUUAGCUUGAAUGACAAAACGCUGCAUUAAUGAUGAAAGCAUGUUAAUACUUGUUUCCCCUCUUUUUCUGGCAGGGUAAAAGGGUUCUAAACCUGUGCCUGAGGAACAGACUCAUGCUUUUUUUUUCUUAAUCACGGUUUCAGAUUAAUUUAUUCCCUCCAUUGCUGAUUAGCUUUUCUCUUUUCUUGAGUCUCUUUAUAAGACAGGAGGAGAUGCCCAAGGCACCCCCCUUCAAAAAGCGAACAAAGUUGUCUCCCACCAAUGGGCCCAUGGCAAAUAACCCCGGCUCAUUGGUGCACUCAAAAGUGUAAGGGUUGAUGUCAAUGGGAUUUUGCUUGCAAGAGAUGGGCUUUGUUGGAUCCUGACUCAGGUACUGGCCCUGCCCCUUUAAGAAAAACAAGUUUGGGUUGGUUCCAAUCAGCACCAGGGCCAUGGAGAUCUUGAAUGCCUUCAGGGAGUUGUUUCCCUGCAGCAAACACUUCAUGUCAGACUGAAAGGACACCACACAGUGUUCAGGAAAACUGGUGUAGUCAGGAAACAGACUGACGCUGGCCCCUCCGGCCGUGUUACCUGCCGCAAGCUGGGGUUUAGGGCACAUCUUGGCGCAUACUGAGGAGGCAAUACUAACUGCCUGAGGUCUGCUGGGAGCAGGAGGAGGGCUCACAUUGGUGUAUGUCUUGGAGCACAUCAUGUUGUACACUUUGUGGUACUCUGGGUACAAGGUCUUCGGCAACUGCUUAAAAAUGAGGUCUUGGUCGUCUACAGUCUUGCGAAAAACAUGCAGCACCCUAACGUUGCUGUUAAAAGCACACAGAACUGCAUCAGCAGCGCUUAAACCAGCACCUACAAUUAGAACCGGAUCAGAGUUCUUAUCCAGCUUUCUCUGGCUAACAGCCAGGCCCAGAUCUGAGAUGCUGUGGAACACAAAGGGAAGAUCCUCCCCCUCUACUCCCAGUCGCACUGGCGAAUCAGACGCACCAGUGGCCAGCACUACAUUUUCAGCAAACAGAGUGAAGGGGACAUGCGUGUCGUUCUGGACCUGUUGAUAUCCCCUUACCUCCCAGACAGCCCCCCCUCCUCCACUGUUUACACUCUCCUCUCUAUUUCCAUCAAAGCCUUCGUUCUCAUCACCCCCCACCCCACUGUCUCCUCGAUUACAGUGGCCAUUUUGCAGACUUUUCACCUCGUGUCCCCGACAGAGUUUCUGGACAGAGGUCACAUAGGUGUUGUCGACAAAGCUCUUCUGGAGACCCUUUAGCUUCACAUAGUCACGGUAAUAGGAUGAAAUCUCCUCUGGGGUGGCUCUGUCACUGGUGACAUCCCUGCGUUUCCCAUUGGUUAAGUCUCUGUAGUUUACGCCGGGAAGCUCCAUCCAGAUGCCAAGACUGAUGGUCAACAUGGAACCUUCCAUUGCAUGCCAAGCACCCCCAGGUGUUGCCUUUCCCAAAACCAGAUGUGGAAUGUGAUGCUGCUUGUCUCUCCUCCAUUGCAGGACAGAAGGGAACUCAUAACCAAAGUCAGCAUUGGGAUGUAGAAGUGUAUCAAACAGCACUGCCACUGGAUUCCUUGACCUCCCCUCAAGACCUUCACUCAAAUAUUCCAAAUCCUGCUCAGUGAUAGGGAGGUGCUUGGUCUCCUGCAGUUUCCUGUACAGAAUCGGGUUUGGAUGAACAGUUGCUGUGUCUAAGAAGGGUUUGUAUCCACUCAGCAGGUAGGAGAGGCAAAUACCUGAUGGCCCAUUGCCUAAAAACAAAUCCAUGCAGAGUAAGUGGGUGCUCUUGUGGCAGAGUGGUCUCUUCCAGGAGAGGCAUGGCUGCAGCCUGGGCCAGAGCCAGCACUCCGUUCUGCUGAAUCGGGGCAGAGCCGGUGUGCUCAGGUCUGGUCAGCCCGUCAGCCUCACACAGUGGAAAACGGUCCCCGCGUCUUGAUAGCUGAGCGUGAAAGACAGAAACCGGGUCCUGCGUCUGUUUUAGUCGUCACAUGCGCAUCUCACGUGCACCGACAAGCGUGAGCGCGUUCGCGGAGAGAUCACAGCAUCUCAGCAUCCUCACUGCGCCGCCGACACUCAUGCCCACUCAGUGGGCUUAAAGAGGACCCUUUCAUUUCUAAGACAUGUUAAAAGAAACUGUCCAUUCUAACUGGAUGUUCUCCAUAUAAAUCAAUGUUAUUCUGAUGUUUACUAUUUCACAAAGGAAAACGUGGUACCCCGCCCGUCUCUGCUGCUUGUGGAUCUCAGAAAAUGUAUAUGCAGGCAGAGGUGUGACGAUUUCAAACCAUAACUGGUGGGAGAGCUCAUAAGCACGACUUCUUGAUUACCAUCAUAGAACAUGGAUCUGCUAUGCUGCUUUGGACUGUCAUGCUUUUAAAAGGAGUGUGGUACAUAGUCCCUGUGGCCAAUGAUAGUUGUCCAUUUACGUUAAGUCCCGCCUUUUCAUCUCAUGGCCCAAUCAGCAGAGAGAACCAAUCGCUUCUUGUCCGUCAUGAAAACACAUGUGAGCUAGCAGCUAGCUUUGCUGACAAGUAAUAAGGUUGCUGUAAACGCCACUGAAAAUGGUCCAGAUCAGUAGAAUUUGCUGCCGUAAGUAUGGAAACUUUGUGGACAACCUCCGGCUUUACGUGCGUGGAGGCAGCGGCGGCAUGGGCCUGCCCCGUCUCGGGGGACAGGGGGGAAAUGGGGGUGAUGUUUGGGUGGUGGCGACAAAGAACAUGAGUCUGAAGAAGAUCAAGGACAAAUACCCACAGAAGCGUUUUAUAGGCGGAAUUGGAGGCAACAGCAGUGUGCGAGCACUGAAGGGUGAGAAAGGAACGGACACAGAGGUCUUGGCUCCCGUCGGUAUCACUGUCACCUCUGAUGAUGGCAGAAUAAUUGGUGACCUGAAUGCUGAGGGUGAUCGUGUGAAGGUGGCUAAAGGAGGAUCUGGAGGGUCUCUGUACUCGGAGUUCCAGCCCAGCAAAGGCCAGGCUAAACACAUCCGGCUAGACCUGAAGCUUAUCGCUGACCUGGGCCUUUUGGGGUUUCCCAACGCAGGGAAGUCGUCGCUCCUGACAGCCUUGUCUAACGCCACACCUCAGAUUGCCAGCUAUGCUUUUACAACUUUGAGGCCUGAGAUCGGAAAAUUGAUGUAUCCAGAUUACAAACAGAUAUCGGUUGCUGAUCUCCCAGGUUUGAUUGAGGGGGCUCACCUUAACAAAGGCAUGGGUCACAAGUUUCUAAAGCACGUGGAGAGGACCAGGCAGCUGUUAUUUGUGGUGGAUGUUUGUGGUUUCCAGCUGGCCACAAAAACACCAUUCAGGUCGGCCUUUGAAGCCGUGCAGCUUCUCACUAAGGAACUGGAGCUGUAUAAAGAGGAGAUGUUGUCAAAGCCUGCAUUGCUGGUGGUGAAUAAAAUGGACCUCCCUGAUGCCGAGGACAAACUAGCUGAGCUCAAGGAGCAGCUGCAAAAGCCUGAAGACUUCUCUCACUUGCUGCCUGACGACAUGGUACCAAGCCAGUAUAUGACUUUCAGACAUGUUCUUCCUGUGUCCGCCAUCACUGGCUUCGGCAUGGACCGUCUGAAGAGCUGCAUCCGGCUGUCUCUUGAUGAAGACGCCGCCACGAAAACCAGCGGCACACACCAGGAAAAGCUGCAGGCUCUGAGGUAUCGCUCGCACUCGUUUGUGAGAAAUCCGGACAUUUUGACACCGAAGUGAGGUCCGCUGGGCAAAAAUACGCAUGAGAAGUGUUAUGCCUGAAACGGGCAGGACCUGGAAAAGUUUGACCUGAGGACACUGUCCUGCCUCGGUGCCGCUUCGAAGUUUGAUCCGUUGAAACAUUGCAGCCGGCCGUUUGGUCAGAGAUGAUGACGUUCUCUGUGACUGGACCAGAUACUGCCAGCUCAUUAACAACACAGAACCUCUUUUCUGCUUUAUCCACCUCCAGAAUUCAUAGAUUCUGAUCAACAUACACUGUUAGCUCAGCCUUUUUAUGCAUUAUCAUUUCAUAUGUAAGAUAUCACGAGACCAGUGAUUACUGUGCCAAUAAAAACAGUCCAAAUCCAACAGAAAUGUUAAAUUUAUCAAGCUAACAAGCAUCGGUUAUGAUGCUCUGUCCACAAGGCGGUAAACCAGUGCAUCCCAACUUUUUUCUCAUUUUCCAUGUUGUAUAAGGGAUGACUCUACUGGUCUGGCUGUGUAUUUAUUGGAUGUCUCUUGUACUUGUCUUUAAAUAGUGUGAAAUGUCAACAUUGUUGUGUUUAUUAAAGUUUUAUUUGAUCUUAAAUAUAUUACAAUACGGAAUGAUUUAGAGGAAAAAUAAAUUUUUCCAAUAGUCUGUACAUUACACAGCAAAAAAAGAAUAAAAAGGACAAAUGCAGUGCCUCAACUGGUCCUUAAGGUUUCUGGAGCUGAGGACCGAUGAGUUGUUCACGAUGGGCGCACAUGGCUGAGACCAGGUGGUUUCUGUGCUUGUGGUACACAAAUACAUUCAAGUUUCUGGAGACAGAGUCAGCUCACUUUUUAUGCGGACUUUUGCCAAAGGGGUCUUGUCAAGAUGGGUGAGUCCAGAUGGUUGUGCUGCACACAUGUUUGUAGGACUAACGCUGCACAGUCCAAGUUAUCCCUACAGCACGCAUAGACCCUCAGACCGCUGUGUGGCGUAACAUGGAGCACAGGAUUAUGUCAAUUAUUUCUCAGGAACUUGGAGGUGACGUCCAGCUGACUGGAGUAACCCAGGAAAAAGACAGGAGCCAAAGUUAAUACCAAAGCACUGCUGAAAGCUCUGGCUGAAGGCAAACAUUAAGCCUGUGUGGGUUUCAUUUCAGACGUGUAGCUCACACUGAAAAACACAAGCUAGAGAGCAAACUUGUUCUUUU